CUGUAACUCCGGGAGCAAAAAAUAGAUGGUUGAAGGUUUAUGUUUACAUAUCAGUACAGUUCCAGUAUGGAGAAGUGGCCGCCGCAACAACGCGCGUUCGUUUGCGAGCGUUUUUUCAUAACUCAGUCCUACGUUCAAGCAAUUCGCGAUUUUCGUAUUGAAUAUUCUCUUCGUCCACGAGAUCCGGUUCCCUCUCGUAAUUCUGUGAAUCUGUGGGUCAAAAACUUCCGACAAACAGCCACAGCCACGAAACAAAAGCCUCCAGGGCAACCAAGAACGGUAAGAACCCCUGAAAAUGAGACACGCGUUCGCACCUCUUUGCAACGAAGUCCACGCCGUUCUGCCGGUAAACAUGCUCAAGCUCUCGGAAUGUCUCGUCGAUCGUUUAGCAGAAUGUUGAAAGCGAUGAAUUUUCAUCCCUACAAAAUUCUCAUAACCCAGGAAUUGAAAUAUACCGACUAUGCAGCUCGAUUAAGAUUCGCAGAAAAAAUGAAGGAGUUGUUGGACAACGAAGAAAUUGACCAGUGGGGAAUAGUGGGGCCUUACUUCUUUCAAGGAACGAUCAACACGGAGCGCUAUCUGGAGAUGUUAAAAACGUUCUUAAUACCGGAGUUGAAGAAGAAACGCAAGUUUCGUCGCACCUUCUUCCAACAAGAUGGCGCCACGUGCCAUACGGCUAUGGCGGCUCCAUUGGCAAGAGCCAAUCAGAUUACUAGUUUGAGUACCAGCCUUAUGCUGGAUUAA